AUGGGACUCAGAUCCUGUGGUGUAGCGUGCCUGGAGACUCUGCCUAUAUGUGCGGGAUUCCUGUACAAUAGAAGAUCUAAGUCAUGUAAGUUAAUGAGACUGUAUCUGGAUAAACGGUUUCUGACUGUGCCGUUUGAUGGCUGGAAGUUCUACUACGAUACUAAAGCUUGCGAUCCUGGGUGGACACCAUAUAACGGCCAUUGCUAUCUACUUGGGAAUUCACUGCUAACAUGGACGACUUCUCAGGUACAAUGUCAGGCUUAUGGAGGAUAUGUUCUUGAAGUAGAGUCGGUCGAGGAAAAUAUGUGGAUAACAGAAAUCUUCCUACCUAUACCAGAUAAUGAAUGCUCGGAAUGGCGAUUUUGCAAUGUGUGGAUUGGUGCCACUGAUAGCGAUAUAGAGGGCACGUUUACCUGGAUCAGAAACAAGGAGGAACUGACAUACCUGCCUUGGGACGUCGGACAGCCGGACGAUAAAAAUGGACAGGACUGUAUCCGACUUAAUUCUUCUGGCAGAUGGAAGGAUGCUUCCUGUAAAGAUAACAAUCGCAUGAAUUAUAUUUGUGAGAAAAAUUCAAGCUAA